GGGGAACUGCAGUUGCAGAACGCACAGCGUGAGGCCGGGUGAGGGACCAGUAAACGCCGAGCCUGGUGACAUGACAACUGCUACAGUUACACUCAAUUCAGUUUUUACAUGCGGUUUUCCGCUUGCCAAAAAGCGAUAGCAGCUCCUCCCUGGUGAUGAAAGGCUGAUUCUGCCUCAAAUUGACUCGAUUUCACUGCGGAUGAUCAUUUUUUACAACAGGUUGGCUACAAUCUGUCAAAGCAUCAAGAGCGAAAUCAAGUCGUUUUGAGGCCGAAUCAACCUUUCAAGUCGCCAAGUAGGAAAUGCUAUCACUUUUUGGCAAGUGGAACGCUUAGCCACAAAGAGUAGAAGAAAAAACUACACCGACGGAGCGGCCCGAGGGACAAUUUUGUGUGCGGAAGUGCUCCUGGAAUAAGGCAAAAGCAGAAACCUAGGCUACAUCAGUUCCUGAUGCUACUCCAAAACGGUCAGUUUCCACUUUGCAGACGAGGCUAAAGUCCAUCUUUUCAAGGGCAGCAGAAUGCCGCGGAGUGCGACGGACAGGGACGUUUUGAGGGAACGUUUCGGUGGCUCAUGCUCGCCGGGGGCUACGGAAAACCCCGAAGCUCACUCCGUGAGACCCAGUGUGCGAACCGCGUCUGAAGGAGAGGGACCCGGCGGCGGCGCGGGACGGCCGCUGGUCAUCCGGAACGGCCCCAAACGGUGGUCCGUGGUCGCGCUGUCCGCACUGGGCUCCGCCGUGUCCGUGGCCGCCGCUGGUUGCGUCUGCGCCCUCGUCUACCCGAUACUCAAAGAGCUACGGGCGGUGAGAGUGAGGGGAGAGGAUGGGACUGAAGAGAGGGUGCUGGGUUUCUGGAGUAUCCUAGUGCUGUCGGUAUUAGCAGGAUGUAUCUGCUGUGUCUUCUCAUGGACCCUCACCUACCUUGACUCAUACCAGCCUGGCAUGGCGCCCCCAACACCGCUGGCCCGCUUCAGAGAUGUAUCUGGCCAUGGACUCCACAUGGGUUAUGGCGUUGUUGUCCUCAAUGGCAUCAUGGCCAUGCUCACCGUCAUCUGGAGCCUCACCUGACACACACACACACACACACACAACGUCAGUAGAAAUGCCCGGGCAGUGACUGGACUAAAACCAUGUAAAAGAAGUUCUCCCCUAUUUAAUUAAAAUGAAAGUUUGUAAUAAUGAACUUUAGUCAUUAUGUGUUUGUAUGACCACCAGACACACAGUUGAGUUGAUGCAUGUCAUUUUUUUUUACCUGCACCCAGUGUGAAAAGGGCUGUGGCUGUGUAUAACUCAAGUGACUCUUAAUAUCUUAAUAGUUUCCGCAGUAUGCUCAAGGUGUUUUAUUUCCAAACAAUUACACUCUAGGCAGAAAGAGCAAAACUGGCCCAUAACAUAGUGGAAUUCACAGAAUGCUUAAUGAGGUAAAAAGAAACCCCAAAGCAACAGCUAAAGGAAACAUUGGAGCUGGUUUCCAUGUCCGAGACUGCAAUACGGAAAUCAUGGAGCAUUGUUGCAUGGAGCCUGGUGUCCCUGGCAGGACGCGACGAGGGAAGCCACUGCUCUCAAAAAAAUCCCACAACGGAGUUUUCUCUCAGACGCAAGUGACACUGAAUAUACACUGCUGUGUACACCAGGCUGUUUGUUAUUCAAACUCUCUGCUUACACUUAUAGUCAAGACUGAAAACGUUCUGAUUUUCUUUUACAGGAAUAUAGAGUCUAAAAAUCAAGAGGGAAAGGCAAUGUCAGUAAAGGUUGGAUUUUAUCAGAGGUGCAAACAAACAAAAAGAAUAAAUCUGGCACUGGAUUUGAUUUGUCUUCACUGAGUGGUCCUAAAUUCUCCUCGUUAUCUGAUUUCUCUCACGUACCUUGUCUACCAAAAGCAUGUCUUGCAGCAGAAUUUGGUUUUCAAUCCAGCUAACUUCAGUGGCAGGAAAAAG